AUGGCCUUUUUAAGCGGUGAUAACAAAGACAUAGCUCAGCCCAUGGAACUGUCUCUAUUUGCAUCUCCUACCAAUCAAGUAGCGGUAGAGAAAGUAUAUUUCACGGAAGCAAGACCAAUAUCCAGCAUAGGUGUAUCAGACACACCAAUCGAAAUUGUAGUUUCGGGUUCAGGUGCAGAAUAUAUAGAUUUGAAAAGAAGUAAAUUGUACGUAAAAGCACGAAUUUUAAAAGCCGACGGGACAGCUCUAGCUGAACAAGAAAAAACGGGUAUCGUAAACCUACCUCUGCAAAGUAUGUUUUCACAGAUGGACGUCUACUUAAACAACAAACUUGUGUCCUUCAAUACAAACAACUAUCCAUGGAAAGCUUAUCUCAAGACAAUUUUGUUCAGUGGGAAAGACGACUUGGAUUAUCAAAAGCAGUCAGAAUUGUUCUAUAAAGACGAAGGGACGAUGAACGACGCCAACGCUUACAACGGAGGUAACGCUGGACUAGUGCUACGAUACGGUUUUACUCAGCAAAGUAAAAUUUUUGAGCUGGAAGGAAACCUGAAGGAAGAUAUCUUUGAUAUAGACAAGUACUUGAUAAACGGAGUAGACAUUUACAUCAAACUAUUUAGAUCCAGCACCCCGUUUGUGAUCAUGUCUGCAGAAUCCUCAGCAGCUUACAAACUAGAACUGCUGGAUGUCGUGUACAAAGUUGCAAAGGUACGAGUAGAUCCUGGUGUUCUGCUGAACCACAGUAAACAAAUCGAAUCGACGCCUGUAAAGUAUACGAUAUCAAGGAACGAACUAAAAAUGAAUACCAUACCCAAAGGAUCGACAGAAUUUUACUGGGACAAUAUUUUCCCCCAGGCUGUACCCGACCGUAUUGUGGUAGCUCUGGUAGACCAGAAAGCUGUCAAUGGUGAUUAUUCGGCCAACCCAUUCAAUCUCGAACACAUGGGAGUAACAGAUGUCGGUAUAUACGUCAACGGAGAAGGCGUACCUGGUAGACCACUAAAAACGGACUUCUCAGCAGGACAGUAUGUGGCAGCUUACACUCGUUUGUUUGAAGCCUCGAAGAAAUGGAACACAGAUGCUGGAAUCGAUAUCUCUCGAGAAAAUUUCGGAUCGGGAUACUCCUUGUUUGUCUUUACCAUCGAUCCUUGCGGGUUUGGCGAAGAAUAUUUAAACCUCAUUCGUCGAGGAAAUACCAGACUGGAACUGAAAUUCAAAGAAGCUACAACUAAAGCUGCCAACGUCCUUGUAUUUGCUACGUUUUCCUCCCUGCUUGAGGUGGAUAAAUCACGUGACAUUAAUUACAUUCAACCAUGA